AUGAAUGCACAAGGACCACCUUACCAUCAACAUGUCAAUACCUGGUUGGGUCCAAUCAAUCAGGAUGAUCAAGCCCUGAUCGAUCUAUUGGAGGACAUUGAAGACCCUUCCAAAAUGACUGGAACAACUGCUAAGUAUAAGAAUCGCCAAAACACCACCCUCAGGAGCAAUGACAAUGAGUGUGGUGAAACCGAAGUUGAAUCAUCGGCCCUGUGUGGUACCAACACAAUGUGUCACAAUACCCUCGGGAGUUUCUACUGUACCUGUAAGAAAGGAUACGCCACCGAUUCAGGAGAAACUAACUUUACCACCAUGAUACACUGCCGAGAUAUUGACGAGUGUGAGACAGACCCAUGUGGUCCAAAUGCAACAUGCACCAACAAAUUUGGCCAUUUUGCGUGCACCUGUAAUGACGGAUUUGUCUCAACUACUGGAGAACAUACGUUUACUGAUAAAACUGUCACACAGUGCCAAGGGUCAGAUUUAACAGUGGUGGCUUUGAUCACCUACAAGGACAUGGAUUCCAUUCUGAAUAGAAGUGAGUUCCACAGCACCACUGGUGGGAAACAGAAGCUGUUUCAAUUAAUCUCAGAUGUCGUCUCAGCCGUGAUAACGAACAGGGACAACAAUGGACUUGACCCAAUUGUGAACUUCACCUUCAAGCACACUCAGCAAGCUAACAGUGGGUGGACAACCCAUUGUGUCCACUGGGAUUACGCAGCUGGGAAAAGCUACUGGUCUCCUCGUGGCUGCAGUGUGGGAGAUUCCAGUGGAACACACACCCAGUGUCGAUGCAACCGUCUCUCCACCUUGGCAUUGCUGAUGUCUCCUGUUGGAUGGCAGGACUAUCCCUUUGUUUUGACGACAAUUACAUUGAUUGGGAUCCCAAUUUCUCUGGUGUGUCUGGGAAUCACCAUUGUGACCUUUGCUUUCUGCACCAAUGUAAGAAAUGCUCUCCAUAUCACCCACAUGCAGCUGUGUGUGAGUCUCUUCCUGGCAGAGCUGCUUUUCCUUCUCGGGAUCAACAGAACCACAAACCGGGUGAUGUGUGGGAUUAUAGCAGGAUUUCUACACUACCUGUUCCUGGCUGCGUUUGUUUGGAUGUUCCUGGAGGGAGUCCAGCUCUUUCUCAUGGUCAGGAACAUCAGGAAUUUGAGGGUUCCUCAUUCAGAAAAAGUUGAGAAAUUCAUGUACCGUCUUGGCUACGGGGUUCCUGCAGCAAUUGUGGUCAUUUCCGCUGCAGUGUAUCAUGAUGGCUAUGGAUCACCCAGGCACUGCUGGAUCUCCACAAACAGAGGAUUCAUCUGGAGUUUCCUGGGACCUGUGUGUCUGAUUAUUGUGAUCAACAUGGCUCUGUACUUUACAAUACUCUUGAUACUGAAAAGAGAAAUUUCCAAACAGAACACUCAAGUGUCUAAACUUCGGAAUACAAGGAUGCUGACAGUCAAAGCCAUUGCUCAGGUGUUUAUCCUGGGCUGCACUUGGAUUUUUGGUUUGUUUCAGUUUCAGGAACAGCCCGGUGUAAUGACCUAUUUAUUCACCAUCAUCAACAGUUUCCAAGGCACUUUCAUCUUUAUCCUGCUCUGCAUGUUAAAUCCCAAGGUGAGGGAAGCGUAUUCUAACUCCUUCGCCAGCAAGUGUAUGGCAAUGGACACAGAGCUCUCAGAGGACAAAGCCAACCCAAUGACAGUCUUCUCAGUCUCAAAGGACUGAUGAAAUUUCUUUUCCUUCACUGGCUGUGUGACAGAUGAAAACGUGG